AAAUAUGAAUAUGUUGAAGAUGUAUGACCAGUAUUUAGAGAGUCACUACUGUAUCUUGGAAGGCUUGGAGACUUCAUUCCGCAAGAACCGGCAAUUUGAGCAGGUUUAUCGUGAUUUUGAAAUGCAGAAAGUUUGCUACUUGCCUCUAACUUCAUUUAUUUUGAAGCCACUCCAUCGCCUUCAGCAUUAUCAUCUUCUCCUUGAUCGUUUAGUGAAGCACUAUGGUAGUGCAAAUCACCAUGACUACCGAGAGUGCAUGACUGCAAAGGCCAAGCUGAGCCAGGUCAUUAAGGGCAUGGUUCCUGCUCUGUCUAACUCAGAGAAUUUGGUCAAGCUGGUUGAGUUACAACGGGACCUAAUUGGAAUUGACAAUUUGAUACAGCCUGGUCGGGAAUUUUUAAGAGAAGGCUGUUUACAAAAGCUCUCCCGUAAAGGCUACCAGCAACGAAUGUUCUUCCUGUUUAAUGAUGUGCUGCUGUACACGAACCGGACUACUACACCAGUACUACAGUUCAAAGUGCAUGGUCAGCUGCCCCUCCGAGGUGUGAUGGUUGAGGAAACAGAGAGCCGCAUGGGAGCUACUAAUUGUUUUACUAUCUAUGGGGGUAACAGAGCCUUAAUGGUUGCAGCUAACAGUGAAGAAGAAAAAGUCAAAUGGCUUGAAGACCUCACAAGAGCUAUUAGUCAAGCAAAAUCUCGACCUGAUGAUGCCUUCCACUACCUCUCCCUAAAGUCUAUUAGCUCUUCAGAUGAGGUUUUAGACCGCAGUGAGAUGAGUGUGCUGGAAGAUUCUUUAAGUCCCACCAGGGGCAUUGGAGACAAGGGCACUUCUCCCCAGCAGCGAUCCAACACAACUGUCCAUGUUUGUUGGCAUCGAGCAACAAGUGUUUCUUCACAAGAUUAUUCACUUGCUGUUCAGAAUCAGCUGAGUGGGUACCUGCUACGUAAAUUUAAAAACAGCAUGGGUUGGCAGAAGCUGUGGGUUGUUUUCACCAAUUUCUGCCUAUUCUUUUACAAAACUUUCCAAGAUGACUUUCCUCUGGCAUCUCUCCCACUACUGGGAUACACCAUCACCACACCGGGAGAGGAUGACCAGAUCCAGAAAGAAUUCGUCUUCAAGCUUCAGUUUAAGAAUCAUGUCUACUUUUUCAGAGCUGAAUCAGAAUUUACAUUUUCCCGUUGGAUGGAGGUAAUAGCAACUGCCACACAAAACUCUGCAAGAACUCGUCUGUUCUCCAGGAAAGAGAGUGAGAAUGAAAGCAUCAGGCUGUGAAGUUGAAUACAGAAGGGUUUUGUGAACAGUACUGUCAUAACUUCAUUGCAUCACUGCCCAAGGAAGCAUCUCGGCAAACUUACAUGCCAUUGUUAAUAUAGGUUAAAAAAGUGCAUAAAUUAUCUUGUGUUUUAAAAGAAAUUGUAUCAUUUAAUAAUCACUUGGUCUCUGUAGACUAAUAAUUUUCCUAAUGUCAACAGUGAUUUUCAAAUUAACCAUAUUAAGACUCCAAUGCAGAUUUUCUGUUUUUUAUCAAGUUAAUUUUAUAUGCCAUAAAUCUGGGAUAAUAAGGAAAUGCCAUGUUAUAUCUGCAUAAUAGCCAUGAAGUAGCAAGGUUUCCUCGUGUGUGUGUGAGAGAGCAUGUAUGUACGCAUGCUUGUGUGCACGUGUGUGUGUGUAAUUUUGCAGAAGUUAAGAACUGAGAAUGAGGAUCCUUUCUCUUUUUUUUUUUUUAUUUGCAAGCGUAUUUUAAUUUAACAACUAAAAGCAGGUUGUAAAGUAAAUUGUUUACAAACUGUUCAAGAUGGUUGAUGCCUCUCAAAUUGUUUAAUAUUUUUAUAGUACUAAGAAGUUAGUGUAAAUACUGUAUUUUAAAUAUAGGUGAAGGCCUACCCCUCCAAAAAAUGUUAACUAUUACAAAUUUUAUGUAUAAAUUAUGUCUUGUAUAAGUAGCAUUUUUGCAUAGGCUUAUUUUAAAACAAAGUAUGUAUACCCUUUCAAGAAUUAUGACAUUUUGUUUACAUAGUGAUGACUGCAUAUCACUUGAGUUUUACACAAAAAUGCAUUUUCAUUAAAAGAAAGCCAUGAUAUUUUGAAGAAAUUUCAUAUACAAGAUUGUACAGUGUAAUAUUUAGAAUAUAUUUACAGUUUUGAUGUAGAGGACCAAGCAGCUAAAUCUUGUUCAUCAAGAUUUAUUUCACAAAUUGAAAUUUGUUAAUAUUUUGACAAAUGCCAAAUCAUAUCAUUUUUCUACUAUCAUUGAGGUUGAGGAUUUGUGAGUAAAUUUUAAUAGUAUGAAAGAGUGCUAUUUAAUAUUAUGGUGCAUCAGUAAAAUGUAGAUAAGUUUGCUAAUGGGAACCCUCUUACAAGAAAGUUAGCAGUGAGGUUACAAACGCCUUGUUAGCAACAGCAAAUGUAGGUUGUGUACCAAUAAGUUAUUGCUCGUUAGAAAAAAAAAAAAGCAUACAAUUGUUUAUUGCUUACACUUCAUAAAUAUAUUCAUUUAUUGACUCUAAAUUUGGUUUAGGUAGUUUAUGUAUAUGUUUAUACUGUUAUUCAAAGUUGUGAUUAAUAUUAUUAGAUAGAAUUCAUUCUUAGUGCUGGAAUUUACCAGUUCAUAUUAUGUAAGUAUUAGAGAAUUAUUUGGGGGUCCUAGUCCAUAAUAGUCAUUGGUGAGAGAUGUUCGUAUAGCAUCAUAGUUGUCAACUAAAUGUGUACCAAAAAAUUUAUAAAAAAUCCAUUCAUAGAAUCUCACGUUUUUUUUAAUUUUAGUCUUUAUAUGAUUUACUGUUAUAGUGGGUACAAUAAUAAUGCUCUUCAGUUCAACAUUGUCAAGUGUGGCAUUUCGUCGUAUUUAAUAAUUAAGGUUAAAAAAAAUUUGUCAUCCGACCAUAGAACAUACUAAAAAAUUAAUCUGGAUAUAUUUUGAAUCAAUAAUAAAAACUUUUCUUUCUCAAGUGUGCCAUGAUCUUUUUGAAACCAUACAAACUCUGUUGACAUUAAAUAAGCUUUAUCAAAGUGUUGAGAUUUCAGAUGAAAAGGCUUUCUCCUUUUUUUUUUUUUGUCAAAAAUUGAUUUUUCAUUCUCAUGCAUGUUGUGCUCAAAUGUUUUAAACUGACCUAUUAUUUGUUUGUAAAUUUUCUUCACUUGCAUUGCCUUGACCCUGCCUUACCACCUUAGAUCUGUAUUAUUGCAAUAAAUAAUAGAGCUA